AUGCGAACCGUGGAGAUAAAGGCAAAAAUUCGCAACUACGAAUAUAUGUUGGCGAAAAUUUGGAAGUUAGGAGAGUAUAAAUAUCCAAUCAAUACGAUAGAUACGUUUUAUGAAGCUACUAACGGCAAACUAAUGUUACGGAAAUUUGAAGAAUUUGAAUAUGCAUCGUUAAUUUCUUAUGAACGAUCGGAGGAAGAAGGUCUGCAGGUGUGUAAUUCGUAUGGCUCAUUACUAUGCCAUAGACUUCCAUUACUUCAGAACAUAUUAUCUGUAACAAACGGUAUCAUAGGUUCUCUUAAGAAACACAGACAAGCACAUUAUACUAAAGAAGCAGUAAUACAUAUUGACAAUGUUCUUAAUUUGGGAAAUUUUGUAGAAAUAAAGGUAACGGAAAAAGAUAAUAUAAAUACAGAAGCUGCUAAGAAAUUGGUUAAUGACUUGAUGCAAGAACUAUCUAUAGCAAGUGAGGAUCUAGUAACUAAAUCGUACAUAGAUUUAAUGCUUGAGAAAGGUAUAAUAGUUCCUCAUGAUUCUCAAAUACCUGGACCGUCUACAUCAUCUUCGUUAAUUGAAUCAUCCGGAUUAUCUGAAACUUCUGGAACGCCAUCUGAAAUAGCUGGAACGUCAUCUGAAACAGCUGGAACGUCAUCUGAAACGUCUGAAAUUAUUAUAGAAAAACUAAAAUCUAAAAUACUUAUACAGCCGGGAAUGUCAUCUGAAACGUCUGAAACGGUUCUACAGUCUGAAACGUCAUCUGAAACAUCUGUAUUGUCUAAAGAGACUAAAGAAGCACUAAAGUCUAACAUACUUACACGGUUACUUGCACAGAAAACGCCGUCUGAAACGCCUGGAACAUCUGGAAUGCCUGUCCAGUCAUCUGAAACGUUUAAAAAGCCUGAAGUAACAUCUAAAUUAUUUAAAAAGCGUAAAACGUCUGAAACUGAAACUAGUGGAACAUCUGGAACAUCUUGAACGUCUGAAAAGAUACGUCCCGAUGCACCUAUCAUUGAUUAAACGCUCUUAUUUCUAAUGCAAAUUUUCAAAUAUUCAUAUAGUUGGUAAUAUAUUUAGCUAUUAAUACUUUUAAUGAAAAUUUAAAUAUUUAUAUUAUAAGAAUAAAAAAUAUAUAUAUUCGCUCAUGUAUUCAUGCUAUGAGUAAAAAUUUAGAAACUCCUAUUAAAAACGUGAAUAGAUUUAUAUAUAUAUAUAGAGAGAGAGAGAGAGAGAUAUUGCAUUCUUUACGAAAGUGUUUGAUCUUAAGGCUCGCUUAUCUCUGGCAGCUAUAUCGGUUGUAUGUCAGAGACGAGAAUUAACAUGUAAUAAAUUUCUGCGACAUAGUUUUAUCUUUUAGUUUUCCCUGAAAAAAGAAUAGCUUUGUAAUCCUGAGACCUGUAAAAUAUAUGCGGCAAAUCAAGAUGUAUUUGUCCGAUGUCACGUAAGAUCGUUAAAUAAUUCAUGAAAUAACAAUACAUAUUCUUAGCUGUUACAAACAUCCAAGUGUAGUAUAUUUUACGGUUCUACAUAACAUAUCGGACAACCAUCUCAAUUUACCAUAUAUUUUGCAAGUUUUAGGAUUACGAAACUGUAUGUUUUUCAAGGAAAACUAAAGCUAUAUGUCACAAGAAAUUUACUGAAUGUCAUUUCUCGCCUCUGACGACGUUAUAUAAUUGAUAUGGCUGUUAGACAGCCAAACUUGAAUAAGAUGGCAAUUCAAUAUUUGGUGAAGUAUAUAGCCUGCUUCUUGUUACUGGUUAGAUAAAUUAGCUAACCUAGUACAUAAGCCAUAUAACCUAUAUCAUAUAAGAUCCACUUCAAGUAGAUCGUACCCACAGACUUCUACAGUAGCAUAAAACAUAUAUGCAAAGAAGUCAGUCAUAAGCUUAAAGGAGAUUGUACAUAUUAUGACGUUCGGUACAUCACAUAAUAAUUAAUUAAUUUCUCCGCAUAUAUGCUGUAGGAAACUAUGCAAAUCU